AAAAUAACCUAUAACUAUUUGAAUUAUGAGUGAAACUGUUGGAUUUUGGACGAAAUUGUGCUGUAUUCCAAAAAGAUUAGACGGGAAAAUUGGAAUUGUUACAGGAUGUUAUAUUGGUGCUGGUUUAAGUAUAGUUGGAGAAGUGGCAAGACGCGGAGCAACAGUGAUUAUGGCUAGUCAAGAUGUGGAUAAGGCUGAAUCAGUUAAAAUUCAUUUAAUUGAGAAAUAUGGUGUCAAAAAUCCUGAUCACUUGAAAACUGAUAUAUCGUGUAAAGAAAUAAUCCCUUGUCUUACGCCUAUUGAAGCACAUCAGCUGGUGAUUGAAGUAAUCAAUUUCACUUCGCUGAUGUCUAUCAGAGAAUUUGUAAAACGAAUAAUAGAAACACAUAAUAAAUUAGAUUUUCUCAUUAACAAUGCAAAUAUAAAAAGUGUAAAGAAGUAUACAACAACUAAUGAUGGCUUUGAAAUGACAAUGGGUGUAAAUUAUUUCUCCUCAUUCCUGCUGACACAAUUACUGCUACCUUUAUUAUUGAAAGGUACAUCGUCAAGAAUAAUUAAUGUAUGCUUUAGAAAUCAUCAACACAAUCAUGUGAGUAGGCCAAAUUUACAAAUGAAUCAAUCAAAUUACAGCCCAAUAGAUGCUUAUUAUCAUUCCCAAUUGGCAAACAUAAUGUAUACGCUUGAAUUGAGUGAAUAUCUUAAACACACAGAUAUUAUGGUGGUUAGCGCAUAUGCUGGAUUUUUUAAAGGUGGAAACAAUAAAAGCUUUAAAUCCUUCAUAAAUAAAAUCGCUAAUUUUCUAAUCACUCCAAUAUUUCCCAGUCAAUGGGAGAUGGCACAAACAGUAUUGUACACAGUGCUUACAGACAAUUUAGUAUCUGGUGGGUAUUAUAAAAAUUGUCAGUUAAAAGAACUGCCUAAUCUGCUUAGAAACAGUGAAGAGAGUAAAUGGCUUUGGAACAGAACCUGUGAAGUGAUUGGAUUGGAUUGUAAACGAUGAUAAAUGUUAUCUAAUCGACUAUUGUACAGUGUGUUUUAAUGUAUAUUUUUCAUAAUAUAAAAAUCUGGU